UUAAAAAUGAGUGCGUGUAAAAAAUCUAUGCCCGUUAUUAUCAAAUUAGAUAUCGGGGACCAGUUAACAUCCAUCUCAUGUGGUCAUAUCGUUGUUGAGUUGAUAAAGUUUAUAGCAUAUCAAAGACUUCAAAUACCUUAUAGUUAUCAAUGGCUUAAACAGGUUGUAAAUAAGAAAAGACAAUGCAUAGAGGCAAAAGAUACAUUCCAGUCCGAAAAACAUUUUCACGUAGCUUCUAGUGCUUUGGAAAAUUUAGAUUUUAUCAUUAAGAGUUUGUUGAAGGAGAUAGAUGGACCAACUGUGCCUGGCGAAGUUUGCAUUGCCCUGGGCGGUACACCAGACACAAGUAAGGAGGUUUACCGCCUUCUUCUACCAAGCUAUUGCCAUAAGUCACAGUGCCAUUCUAAGCAUAUAGCAUCAGAUCAGAAAAUACAAAUGAAUGUGUUCAGGACUUUGGUUACAUCAGAUGUAUUGAGCAAAGUUUUUCAAAACACACUGCCUCCAACAAACUUGCAUGUGUUAUUAAAGAAGAAGAAUAGUACAUGUGAUGUAGUGUGUACAGACAGUUUUGUUUUAUUUAAUGGAUAUAGAUUGCCACGGAGUGCUAAGGUUGUUGUUAUAGAUUUUAGGACUGAGAGCCAUGAAAAUCUUUCAUGUUGCAAUAACUUUGAAGUUUUUGAAGAAGUUAUUACAAAAAAUUUGACUGAUUUAAAAAUUUGUGAUAAUGAAAAUGAUGUUGAAGAUUUUAACGAAAUAGAAUCAAGCAGUACAAUGAGUUGGUACCAGUCUUGUUAUGUUAUGAAAGGAUUUAGAGAUUGUAUAGUUAGUGGCAGUUCUAUCACAAAUAAAUGGUUACAUUUGUGACAAUACUUUACAACUUUACCUUUUUUAAUGAAUUUAAUCAUGUAAUAUGAGGGUUAUUCAUAUUUAGAACAAUUUAUAGUAUUGUCUGAUUAUAUAUUUUUCUUACAUAACAAAAAAUACUGGACUGCAGAAAAAAAAAUUGCCAUAAGAAACAUACAUUAUCAUUGUGUAACAUAGGCUAUAUUUAUUACUAGAUUUUUUAAAAUUCUGCAUGUAUGAAG